AUGAGUCAUGUGCACAUCUGUAUACUCAUCAACGGCCAACAAUUGUUCUUGAUGAUUCUGUGUGUAUCAAAGAGUCUAGAGGUGAGCGUGUUGCGCCUGAAACUGCCCAUAUCUGCACGCGCGGUUGCCGCUGGGUCAAGUAACCUGUUCAAGGCUGAGCUGUUGACACGCUUAUCUGAGAAUGCGGUUCGCAACGAGAUCGUUAUUGAUAAGGUGGUGGCCUGCGUUGCUGUGGGACGGAAAGUGCUGGUGUUGAGCGAUAGACGCGCUCACCUCGAGGUACUCAGGGCCAUCCUCAACGAACGCGAGCAAGACAUAUCGUCAGCAUACUACAUGGGUGGCAUGACAGAAGCCGCUCUACGCCGCGCUGUGUGUUUCAGCUGGGCUUACGAUCCUCAACGAGCCUACCUCAUCCUGACUUCAUGA